UUGCAUGUGUGUAUAGGCGUGCGCCUGGCCGGCGAUGAAGAGGUGUCCUUAGUGGGCGGGCCCUAGUGACUGAGCAGCUUUCCCAGCGUACUGAGCGGCCGGGCGGCGGUUGGUGAGCACGUUGUGUAGCAGUCGCCGGCAGCAGCAGUUUCUUUGUGUGCAGACACUGCGGAAAAUGGAGGGCCCGUUAGCCGUGUUCGGGGAGCGCAGCACGGGGGAAGCCGUGAGGAGCCAGAAUGUAAUGGCUGCGGCUUCUAUUGCCAAUAUCGUGAAAAGUUCACUUGGGCCAGUUGGUCUGGAUAAAAUGUUGGUGGAUGAUAUUGGUGAUGUCACUAUCACAAAUGAUGGCGCUACGAUCUUGAAGUUGCUGGAAGUGGAACACCCUGCUGCCAAAGUUCUAUGUGAACUGGCUGUUCUGCAGGACAAUGAAGUUGGAGAUGGGACAACAUCAGUAGUGAUUAUUGCUGCAGAGUUACUGAAAAAUGCUGACGAGCUGGUGAAACAGAAAAUCCACCCCACAUCUGUAAUUGGAGGUUAUCGUCUGGCUUGCAAAGAAGCUGUCCGAUACAUCAAUGAAAACCUCACAAUCAACACUGACGAACUCGGGAAAGAUUGUCUGCUUAAUGCUGCUAAGACCUCAAUGUCUUCUAAGAUAAUUGGAGUUGACAGUGACUUUUUUGCCUCUAUGGUGGUUGACGCUGCACUUGCUGUUAAGUAUGUGGAUCCCAGGGGUCAGGUUCGUUACCCGAUCAACUCCGUUAAUGUGCUGAAAGCUCAUGGCCGGAGCCAGAAAGAAAGUAUCCUAGUCAAUGGUUAUGCACUUAAUUGUGUGGUGGGCUCACAAGGAAUGACGAAAAGGAUCACAAAUGCAAAAAUUGCCUGUCUGGACUUCAGUCUGCAGAAAACAAAAAUGAAGCUUGGUGUCCAAGUGAUUAUUUCAGACCCAUCCAAGUUGGACCAGAUCAGACAGAGGGAGUCUGAUAUUACCAAAGAGCGGAUCCAGAAAAUUUUGGCAACUGGUGCUAAUGUCAUACUUAAUACUGGCGGAAUUGAUGACAUGUGCCUCAAGUAUUUUGUAGAUGCAGGUGCCAUGGCUGUACGGAGAGUCCUUAAAAAGGAUCUGAAACGCAUUGCUAAAGCAACUGGCGCUACUGUUUGUUCAACCCUUGCAAACCUGGAAGGUGAAGAGACCUUUGAGGUAUCAAUGUUGGGACAGGCUGAAGAAGUUGUACAAGAGAGAAUAUGUGAUGAUGAGCUGAUUCUUGUUAAAAAUACAAAGUCCCGAACCUGUGCAUCCAUCAUUCUUCGUGGGGCCAAUGACUUCAUGUGUGACGAAAUGGAGCGAUCUGUGCACGAUGCUCUUUGUGUAGUGAAGAGAGUGCUAGAGUCAAAGUCUGUUGUGCCUGGAGGUGGCGCUGUGGAAGCAGCACUUUCCAUUUAUCUUGAGAACUAUGCUACUAGCAUGGGUUCCAGAGAGCAAUUGGCGAUUGCUGAAUUUGCAAGAGCACUACUGGUUAUCCCAAAAACCCUUGCAGUUAAUGCUGCACAAGAUUCUAGUGACCUGGUUGCUAAGCUCCGAGCGUUUCAUAAUGAGGCUCAAGUCAACCCUGAGCGCAAAAAUCUUAAAUGGAUUGGGCUUGACUUACUUAAUGGAAAGCCACGGGAUAACAAACAAGCUGGUGUCUUUGAACCCACUGUAGUCAAGACAAAGAGUCUCAAAUUUGCUACAGAAGCUGCAAUUACAAUCCUGCGAAUUGAUGACCUGAUAAAAUUGCACGCAGAACCUAAGGAGGAAAAGGGGAAGUACCAUGAAGCAGUGCAGUCUGGAUCAAUCGAAGGAUAAUAUGUCCUAGCACUUGUCAUUUUGUAUUACUGUAAUUUAUGAAUAGUAACUGUUUGUUCAUUUUGCAUUUGCACACAUGCCAAAACCCAUCAGGCAUACACUUAAUAAAAGCAAACUGUCAACAUA